AUGUUUCAGCUGUAUCCUGUAUCCCAGUGCUUUGUUCUAACCAGAGCUUCUUGCGUCAUCAGAACUAUCAAUGCACAAAAAUCAGAGUUCAAUGAAGACCAAGCAACAUGCUGUCAAAUUUCCAUCAGGAAGAAGAACUAUGACAAAGAAGAGGAUCAGGAAUGGCUGAUUCUGUGCUCUACUGAGUAUCUGUCUGGCUAUUACUGGGCACUGUUUGAUGGUCAUGGUGGUCCAGAAGCGGCAAUUAUGGCUUCCAACUACCUGCACUAUUGUAUCAAGCAGAAACUAGAGGCUGUGGUGGGGGGCAUUACUGAAGACCGUCCCCCAAUGCACCUCAAUGGACAGUGUGUUUGCCAAAGUGACCCACACUUUGUGGAAGAAAAGCAAAUCCAUCAGGAAGAUGUUGUCAUUGGAGCUUUGGAGCAAGCCUUUCAGGAAUGUGAUGAAAUAAUUGGUCAGGAGAUGGAAGCUGCCAACCAAUCAGGAGGCUGCACAGCCCUAGUUGCACUUUAUCUUCAGGGAAAGCUUUAUGUGGCAAAUGCGGGUGACAGCAGGGCACUUCUUGUUAGAAAACACAGCAUUGUUCCUUUAAGUACUGAAUUCACUCCUGAGACAGAGAGGCAAAGAAUCCAGCACCUGGCUUUCAUAUACCCAAAGCUACUAGCUGACGAAUUCACCCGGUUCGAAUUUCCAAGGAGAUUGAAAGGAGAUGAUGUGGGUCAGAAAGUUUUGUACCGGGAUUACUCUAUGCAAGGCUGGGGAUACAAGACAGUAGAGAAAGAGGACCUUAAGUACCCUCUUAUCCAUGGACAUGGAAAACAGGCUCGGUUGCUUGGUACCCUGGCUGUGUCACGAGGCCUGGGAGAUCAUCAGUUGAAAGUCAUUGAAACGGAUGUUGAAGUGAAGCCUUUCCUCUCCUGUAUUCCCAAGGUGGAAAUGUAUGACUUGACUACACAAAAUAUUAAGGAAGAUGAUGUCCUCAUUAUGGCAACUGAUGGACUUUGGGAUGUUCUGUCCAAUGAAGAUGUGGCCCAAAUGGUCAGGAGUUUUCUUGAAGACAACAAAACUGACCCACACAGGUUUUCGGAACUGGCCAAGUGUUUGGUGUGGAAAGCAAGGGGAAGGAAAGAUGGAUACUACUGGACUCUGGCCAACAACGCCUCCGCUUCCUAUGAUGAUAUUUCAGUAUUUGUAAUUCCACUGCACAACAAGGAUGAAAACUAGGGUCUGUUUCUAAGGAAAAAGGACUCCACUGCAUUUUGGCCAUUAUAGCUGUUGCUGAGAUGGUAUCCACAGCGCUUUAAAAACUUUUAUCUUCAAUCAAUGAGGGCGGAACUGGGAAGUGCCAUGGAUAGUUUCAGAUGCCACAACUCAUGGCAGAUGUCAAUUUCCAUCACCUAAAAACUUUUCCAGCAGAUAACUGUGCUUGAGAUGCCUUGCUGUUGUAUAGAAAACAGGACAUUUUGAUAUAAUGGCCUAUCUUGUACACUAUGAAAAGGGUACUACUAUUAAUUGUCAUGGAGAAUCAUGUAGUCUACCAAUGUUCUCCUUUACUUAUUUAAAAUACUUGUAACCUUCCUCUCCCUUUAUUUACUUAAUUUAUAUCCUGCCUCUCUGGGUAGAUAAAGCAGCUUAAAAUUCAUCACUAAAUAAAAAAGUUAGAAUCUCAGAAAAUUCAUGCAGCUCAAAUCCUAUUAAAUGCUCUAGGAAAAUAGAAUGGCCUUACAAAAAUGGUGCACUUCUCCAGGAAAGAAAUGGGCUUUACUGGAAGCCAAGUGAGCUAUCUCAGUAGGUAUGACCAGAGGGACACAUGGAGACUGUCCUUCAGCUGUGCAAGACUCUGACAGUGAAAUGCACUUGAAGUUACUCUGGAAGCCAGUGUAGUUGUUCUAAAGUAAGUGAGAUAUUAGUCUCAGCUAGCCUGUGACAACUUGUGCUACUGCAUUCUGAACCAGUUGAAGUUUCUAGGUUGUCUUCAAUAACAGUCCAACCAUGUGGUUACAAAAGCAUAAAGGAACCUCCAUAUCCAGAGACAGUAAACCUCUGAACACCAGUUCUUGGAGGGCCUUUUAGCUGUGGCACCCAACAUGUCACACUCCCUCCCCCAGGCAAGUGAAGUUUUUUUCAGCUGGGCUUUCUUCAGUGACCCUUCCUUCCUGCCUUCUGUUUUAAUU